UACAAUAUAUAUAAUUAAAAUUAUUUGCAUCUUUUUUACAAAAAUUUUGUAAUCAUGAGCUUUUGUAUACACGAAUCAGAUGUUAUAAUAUGUAAUAAUGAACAAAUUAUAAUAUAUAAUAUUAAGAAUGAUAUGGAAACAAAAAUUUCUUUACCUAAAUUGAUAAAUGAUAAAAAAAUUAAUGUGCAUAAUAAUAUAAAUAUUGAAGCUUUUCACAUGAUCACUAAUAUAAUGUUUUCAAAUGAUGGCAAAUAUUUUUUUGUUUGUACAAAUCGUAAACAAUUGUGUUUAUAUGAAAGAAAAAGUCAGAAUCUUUUAUUAAAUAAAAUACUUCCCAGAGCUGCUAGCAAAGUGCAAUUUACUCCAAAUAAUAAUAUAGUUGUUGCAGAUAAAACAGGAGAUGCUUAUCUUUUUUCUAAUAAACAGUCUGAUAAUGAAGUUUUACUCUUAGGACAUUUGUCAAUGUUACUUGAUAUAUUAAUUACAGAAGAUGAAAAAUAUAUUAUUACAACAGAUAGAGAUGAAAAAAUAAGAGUAUCUAUGUUUCCAAAUUCAUACAAUAUUGUAUCCUACUGUUUAGGACAUACAAAAUUUGUAACAAACAUUUUAGAAUUACCUCAUGAUAAAAGUAUUUUAGUAUCUUGUGGAGGAGAUGGAAUGUUUAUAUUAUGGGAUUACAAGAUUGGAAAAGAAUUAUUAUGUGUUAAUUUUCAUAAUAAAAUAUCUAAAAGAGAUAUUGAAAAGUUCAAUGAACAACUUCAUAAUUGUAAUUUAGAAGAAUCUGUUGAAGUUUUACCUGUUAAACAUUUAAAACUUUCAGCAUUUGAUACAACUUCAUCUUUAGCUAUAAUGAGCUUUUAUAAUAAUUCAUUAUUACUAGUAUAUAUAAUUAAUAAUACAUCAAAAUCAAAUAUUGAAGUAUUAUAUAUACAAUCAAUAAUUACAGAUAAUGAACCAAUAGAAUUUUAUUUUUAUGAAAAUAAUUUAUGGAUAUUAGAUGAAUUUGGAUUUAAAAUAUAUAAAUUUAAAGAUAACAGUUUUAUACUCUGUGAUGGAACAAAUUACAAAUUAAAUCAAUUAAAUAAUUAUUGGAAAGUACUAAAAAAGGAUAAUAUUCAACAAAAUUUAUUUUCAAUUUUAUAUAAAAGAAAAUACGAUAAUAUCCAAGAAUAUUUACAAAGAAAAAAAAAGCGUGUU